AUGGCGCAGCUCCAGGAGCACGGCGCGAUCUGGUUCCGCAACUUCGAGUCGACGAAGGAUGCCGAGGGCUUCCGCGGCUUCUACGAGGCGCUCCAGCUGAAUCCUUGCCUGGACCCCAUCCACACUUCUGGACUGCGAGCAAUGGAGCCAAGGAAGCAUGCCGUGUAUGAGGCCGUGAACAAACCCUCCCUGGCUGGGCACUUUGUCGGCUUGCACAACGAGUCGACCUUUGUGAAGACGGCCACGUAUGGCGCGUUCGUGUGCUUCGAGCCUGCCUCCGAGGGUGGCGGUGAGUUCCUGGUGGCCGACGGCGCCAAGAUCGUGAACGACUUGGACAAGGAUGUCCUUGAGCGCAUCUACAACAACAAGGCUUCCGGCCAGAGCAACCUGGACCUGAACUUCCUCGGUGCGCUGCCCGAGGGCUUCCGGGAGUCGACGGCCGAUUUCCUGCAGGACCUGAUCCUGAAGGUGGUGGCUCCUAAGUUCGACAUGGACCUGGAGAUGAUCUAUGGUGCGGACCAGUCGAACCCCUACCGGCUGCAGGCCAUCGAGCAUGCACAGUCGCCCAUCAACAAGCACCCGGUGACAGGUCAGCCAGUGUGGUUCUGCAACUUGCACAACCACAGCCGCUACCUGCGCGACCGCCGGCCGUGCACGGUUCCAGAGGUUGGAAUGACCGAUGUGUACAGUGGUGACCUCUCCACGAUCCCUUACGAUGACGUCAGACACAUCAACGAGGUGUGCGAGCGCAACAUCGUGUCGAUGUCCAUGAAGCAGGGUGACGUGGUCCUCCUGGACAACUACCGAGUGCUCCACGGCCGCAACACCUUCAAGGGCGACCGCAAGCACGCCGUGACCUGGUUCGAGUCCUGCGGGGAGCCCUUGGCGCGAGGCGAGGUCAAGGACACGCCGGACGACUUCAUGAACACCCUCAUCAACAAGACCUUGGUUUGA